AUGAGUUGGGGCUCGAAUCCGUUGGGCCUACAAGAACAGUUUGGCGUUCCCGGGUUCGUCAGCUCCGGUCAGGCACGUCCGGGAGAUUGGCAAAUGCGAUUGGACACCAACCCCUUCCAUCGGCGACCGGUAUGGACACCGGUGGAUGGCCCCGGCGGGCUUGAGCUGCCCGCGGACGACGGUUGCGGGCGCGUGGUCACAGCCACGGCAAGCAUUCAGGGUGAUAUGGGGCUGACCAGAUGGAACCCGCUCGGUGGCUCAGUCACGGCCUACGCGAACCGGAUGGGUGAUAUGCAGACUACCAACUGGAACGGAUAUGGAGGCAUGGUGACCGCCAGCGCGAAUCGGGCCGGGGCGCUUCGACUGACGGGCAUCACCCUUUAUGGCUCAGCGUCCGCGGAAAUGAACACGUUCUCCAGCUCCUAUAGUGUCGACGCGCGCAGCUUCUGUGACCGCCAGUGGGUGAUGGGCGCGGCGGGAGGCUUCGGGUUCUCAUCGCCCGGUGCAGGCGGCUCCUCCUUCUUCGGUGCGCCGAAUACCAAUGGCUUCUUGCUGCAGUCGAGGAACCCAGCCGCUUCCUCCGGUUCCGGGGAAUCAGAGGAGGUGCUAUGGGACACGCGCGAGAGCUUUUCCACAACAAUCAGCUGGUGUUUCGUGAGCCGGGUGGGCAGGUUGUCCUCCAAUGAAGUUCUCGGGGUUUUUUUGUCUUAUCUUUUGCGGUUCUAUAACUAUGUUUAUGUCAAUUUCCACUACUAUGCUUCAGAAAGGUCGCAAUAA